AUGACACAAGGGAAAGCAGAGGCAGCCGCUUGCUUUGGGGUUGUAACAAAGAGAAUACGCAAGAUAUUCAGGCAUUUUCCCAAGUCGAAAUCUUGGUCCGAGGGUCUCCACCUACUCAGGAGGCCCAGCAGGGAGGUCUUACUGGUUAAAGAUUGCAAAUAUACCUGCCAUCAGGAAUGCAGAAGCCUGAUUCAGCUGGACUGCAGCCAACAAGGACAGCCCCAGAACAAACCCUCGCCAGAAAAUACACUGACGCAAAACUGCAGCCAGAAUGUAACAAAAGCAGCAGCAGAAGAAAAACCCAAAGCUCCCACUACCCAGGAGAUUGAACAGAUAAUCAACAGUUACAAUGCCAAGGUUACAAACUGCUUCGUGAUGAAGCUGAAUGAGGAUGGCACUUACACGGGCUUCAUUAAAGUGCACUUGAAACUGCGCCGGCCUGUGACGGUGCCAGCAGGGAUUCGGCCACAGUCGAUCUACGAUGCCCUCAAGGAGGUGAAUCUGGCUGAUAUGACGGACAAGAGAACGUCCUUCUACUUGCCGCUGGAUGCCGUCAAGCAGCUGCACAUCAGCAGCACGACCACCGUCAGCGAGGUGAUCCAGGGGCUCCUCAAGAAGUUCAUGGUGGUGGACAACCCUCAGAAGUUUGCACUUUUCAAGUCGAUGCAGAGAGAUGGGCAAGUUCUCUUCCAGAAGCUCUCUCUAACAGAAUACCCCUUGUAUCUCCGGCUGCUGGCUGGACCUGACACAGAUGUUCUCAGUUUUGUGCUGAAGGAAAAUGAAACAGGGGAAGUUGAGUGGGAUGCAUUCUCUAUCCCAGAGCUACAAAAUUUCUUAAUGAUACUGGACAGAGAGGAAAAAGACAAAAUUCAGCAAGUACAAAAGAAGUACAGCAAGUUUAAACAAAGACUGGAGGAGACUUUGAAAGAAGCAGGAGGAAAACCUGGAUAACCAAACACAAAGCACAUAUAGUACCAGACUAAACUAGAUAUUUUUUAAAAGAAGAGACUUCUCAGGACACCUCAGAUUUGUCUGUCCCUUUCUCCCUGUUCC